AUGAAAGUUAAUGAAGUGAAUGAUAAUCAUUCCAUUGAUUUGGAGAAAGAGCAAAAAGAAGGGAAUGGAGAAGUAUCGGACACCGACACGAUGAAGGAUUCAGUGUCAUCUCAGAGUGAUUCUUUCACAAAUGAAGAUGAGAAAGUAGAGAAAGCUUCAAAGGAUCCGAAAAGUAAGGUUAAAGGGAAUGGUUUAGAAAACAAUCGAGGAUCGAGGGAGAGUUCUGAUAGGAAAACAAAUAAAUUGCAAUCGAAGGUAUCGGGUAGCAAUCAAAAGAAACCUGUAAACUCAAAUAAAGGGCCUUCGAGAGUUGUAAACAAAAAUACUUCAACCAAUUCUAAGCCGGCGAAAGUUCCCGUUAAAGUUUCUUCAGAAUCUUCUGAAGGAGUUGAUGAAAAACCUGUUAUAGAAGUCAAGGAAAUUGGUAUUUUGGAUGGAUCCUCCAGUGGUGCUCAAAGCGUAGGAAGUGAAGAUGAAGGUCGUGUUGAAAUCGUUAAGGCUGAAGAAAACGGUGAACAUGAGAAUGCGGCUGCUUUGGAAUUGAAAGUUAAAGAAAUGGAAUCGCGAAUUGAAAAUCUUGAAGAGGAAUUGAGAGAAGUUGCUGCUCUUGAGGUGUCACUUUAUUCUAUUGUACCAGAGCAUGGAAGCUCGGCACACAAAGUGCACACACCUGCUCGGCGACUUUCUAGGCUCUAUAUACAUGCUUGUAAACAUUGGACCCCGAAAAGGAAAGCCACGAUUGCGAAGAAUACUGUUUCUGGCCUUAUUUUGGUUGCUAAAUCUUGCGGUAAUGAUGUUUCAAGGUUAACUUUCUGGUUGUCGAACACCAUUGUGCUGAGAGAGAUAAUUUCACAGGUUUUUGGGAAUUCAUGUCAAGUUAGUCCCAUUAUGAAGUUACCUGGUUCAAAUGGGUCUGCCAAGAGAAAUGAUGGGAAGUCUGCAUCACUGAAAUGGAAAGGUAUCCCAAAUGGUAAAUUGGGAAAUGGUUUUAUGCAGAUCAGUGAAGAUUGGCAAGAGACCGGAACCUUCACAUUUGCUUUAGAAAGAGUAGAAUCGUGGAUUUUUUCUCGGCUAGUAGAGUCAGUGUGGUGGCAGGCUUUGACUCCUCAUAUGCAAUCUUCGGUUGUGGACUUGUGUUCUAAUAAAUCCAUUGGGAGGCUGCUAGGGCCUGCUUUAGGUGAUUACAAUCAAGGAAGCUUUUCCAUCAAUCUAUGGAGAAACGCUUUCCAAGAUGCGUUUCAAAGACUCUGUCCUGUUCGAGCAGGAGGGCACGAGUGUGGUUGUUUGCCGGUGAUGGCAAGAAUGGUCAUGGAACAGUGUGUAGAUAGACUAGAUGUUGCGAUGUUCAAUGCCAUUCUUCGAGAAUCAGCCCAUGAGAUUCCAACUGAUCCUGUAUCAGACCCGAUUGUGGAUUCCAAGGUUUUGCCAAUUCCAGCAGGAAACUUAAGCUUCGGAUCUGGUGCACAACUGAAAAAUUCCGUUGGCAAUUGGUCGAGAUUGCUCACUGAUAUGUUUGGCAUUGAUGCUGAAGAUUGUCUAGAAGAAUAUCACGAGAACGGUGAGAACAACGAAAGGCAGGGCGGAGACGAUGAACGUAAAUCGUUUGCGCUCCUUAACGAUUUGAGUGACCUUCUAAUGCUCCCAAAAGACAUGCUUAUAGAGAAACAAGUUAGACAUGAGGUAUGUCCAUCCAUCAGUCUUUCAUUGAUUAUACGCGUUCUUUGUAACUUCACUCCAGACGAGUUCUGUCCAGACCCAGUUCCAGGAACUGUCUUGGAGGCCUUGAAUGGGGAGACUUUUGUGGAGCGAAGAUUGUCGGGAGAAUCCAUUAGAAGCUUCCCUUAUGCUGCGGCUCCAGUUGCAUAUACACCUCCCUCUUCAGCCAAUGUGGCGGAGAAAGUUGCAGAAGCGGGAGGAAAGUCUCACCUGACAAGGAAUGUAUCAGUUGUUCAAAGGAGAGGAUAUACAAGUGAUGAAGAACUUGAGGAACUUGAAUCGCCGAUCACAUCUAUCAUUGAUAAGGUUCCUUCAUCUCCAACAGUUACUACUAAUGGAAAUGGUAAUCACAAAGAGCAAGGGAGUCACACCACAACAAAUGCUAGAUAUCAACUACUUCGUGAGGUUUGGUCCAUCUGA